AUAAUUUUCUCAGCGAAUAUCGAAUCAUAUUAAAAUUUUGAAAAGAAAAUAUAUCAGAGAUGUUAUGUUUCAUAUUAUAAAUAGGGUUGGUUUUUUACAGUUGUAUAAAAAGAUAAAAAAACAAUUGUGUCAAUUUCAUCAGAAUUUAAUCUGUUUCGAUCUCUGGAUUAUUUUCUGUAGAGAUGUGAAAAACUGUAACACGAUAUAUUCCGAUAGAACAUUGAUCAAGUGAAUUCUCGCUUCUUCGUGUGAGUUGCAGAGGACACGUGUCAGAUCUCAGAUAUUCAUUAACGGAUGUGACACAUUAAACUCACAAAAAAAAAGUUGCAAAGGUGUAUAUGCCUGCUUUUGCAAAAGAUAAACAUUAUCAGAUUAUCUAUUAGAGAAAAUGGGUAAAAAAGGCAAAGGAGGAGGUGGUAAUUUAGGAAAAUCCUUAAUUAGGGAUCGAUUUGGAUCUAGGAAAAUCAAGAGGAACAACAAUGAGCCGUCUAUGCUUCACACUACAGAGAUUAAUGAUGGUUACGAUUGGGGUCGACUCAAUUUGCAGUCAAUUACAGAAGAGAGUUCAUUUCAAGAGUUUCUGUCGACUGCUGAACUUGCAGGAACAGAGUUUAAUGCGGAAAAAUUAAAUAUUAAAUUUGUGAAUCCCAAUAGUAGCGGCUUACUUUCACAGAAUGAAAAGGAGAAAGUAUUAAAAACACAAGAAAGAAACAAGGACCUUGUUAAGAUACCUAGAAGGCCCAAAUGGAAUAGUUCUACAAAUGCCGAGGAACUACACACUCUCGAGAAAGAGACGUUCUUAGAGUGGAGACGUCAUUUAGCCUCGUUGCAAGAAAUUGAAGGACUGAUAUUGACGCCUUAUGAGAGAAAUUUAGAAUUUUGGCGACAAUUAUGGAGAGUAGUAGAAUUCAGUGACGUUAUUGUACAAAUUGUGGACGCACGUAACCCAUUGCUCUUUCGUUGCGAAGAUUUGGAGCGUUAUGUUAAAGAAGUAAAUCCUAACAAAUUAAAUAUGAUUCUUCUUAAUAAAGCAGAUUUCUUAACAGAUGAGCAAAGAGAGGCAUGGGCAAAAUAUUUUGCAGAUAUAAAUGUACGAGUGGCUUUUUUUUCUGCUACAUUAGCAGCUGAAAAACAACAGAUACAAGAAGAAGAUGAAGAUGCAGCAAAAUCGAUAAAUGAAAGUAACAAGGAUCAACUUGAUAAAGAUGACGAAGAUAGUAUUGAUGAAUGGAAUUCGGAAUUUGCUUCAGAAUCGGAAUAUGAAAGCGCGAAUGAUAUCAUUGAUAAUGAUACUGAAUCUAAUACAGAUAUUGAUAAUGAUAAACAAAUGGAAGUUCAAUGCGCGAUGGAGAGCUUAACGAUCUCUCCAACACACUCGGAAGAUAAAAUAAAGAAAGUAAUUAAUUCAUCGAAAUUAUUAAAUAGGAACGAUCUCGUGGAAUUAUUUAAAACGUUUUACAGUGGGAAUAAAACCUACACUGGCGGAGUGAAGACGAUUGGUUUAGUGGGAUAUCCGAACGUUGGAAAAAGUUCUACUAUUAAUGCUUUGCUUAUGAAUAAAAAAGUUUCUGUGUCUGCUACACCGGGUAAAACCAAGCAUUUUCAAACGUUGUACUUAGAUAAAGAUUUAUUAUUAUGUGACUGCCCAGGCUUGGUGAUGCCAAGCUUUGUAUGUACAAAAGCAGAAAUGAUUUUGAAUGGUAUACUGCCAAUUGAUCAAAUGCGAGACCAUGUACCGGCAAUUACAUUGCUAGCUACAUUUAUACCUAGGCAUGUUCUAGAGGAUCUGUAUGGUUUUAUGUUACCUACGCCAUUUGAGGGAGAAGAUCCGAGUCGCGCACCAACUGCUGAGGAACUUUUGAACGCGUACGGUUAUAACAGAGGUUUUAUGACGCAGAACGGUCAACCGAAUAAUCCACGUUCAGCCAGAUAUAUUUUGAAAGAUUUCGUUAAUGGUAAAUUGCUAUACUGCGUCGCACCGCCGAUGUUUAACCAAGAGCACUUUCACACGUUUCCAUCAAGACGUCGCGAUAUAUUCGCGAACAGGCACGUGCCACCCCGAACGAUUCGCGUAAACGAAGGAUGUCGGGUAACAACCGGUGAUAUGGAUCGGAAGUUCUUUCAGGAUAUGCACGUCAAAAAGAUCCAUGGAUCUGUACUGCAAUAUUCUACAAUGCACGCGGGAUCAACGGUUAGUUUGACAGAAUCGAUUGACGGUCAUUCUGACAGAAUCAAGAAACCAUGGAAAAUAAUAAAUAAACAUGUUAAUAAGAAUAAACGUGAGAAGACCAGAAGAGUUUAUGCCCAUCUUGACCAACAUUGAGUAUAAAACGUGCGAAAAGUAUCAUUUUGCAUUUUCCGUAUUUUAUUAGCUUUACAACAGCUAUGCGAUAUAGCUGUAUGAUUGCAUAUAUAUGUAUAUAACACUCUGCAACAUCCAUAUACAUAUUUACAUACGUAUAUUGCAGAUUUAUAUUGAGAUGUAAUCGUGCACGAUACGUAUACAUGUAUAUAUGCACUAAAAUAUUAUAGUGUUUAUGUUUUGUAA